AUGGAGAGGUACCUUGGUUUACCUGUGCGCCUCCUCCUUGCCCUCAUCUGUGUCCUGGCCAUGGUCACUUCCAAAGGCGAGUGUGUGGUGGUGGUGGCAGUGGAAAAUUCGCUAGGCUCCCUGUGCAAGACCUUCCCCGAGGACAUCAUCUUCCCCGAGGGUUUCCCCAGCAAGAACGCGACCUCUGUGGGUGUGUGUCUGCUGGUGAAGCCCGAGUUGACGCAGAGCGACUCACACAGCUACAUCGCGUCCUUUAGGACUACACAUGUCCUUGUGAAUGUUGGCAUCACCUCCUCCAUCACUCUUUGGCUGGAGGUCAACACUGAGAGGCACCACCUGAACGACUCCCUGAAGGCCGAAGCUUGGAACAUGCUGUGCAUGGGCCUGUCUGCCGCCCAUGACACGCCCACGCCCAUCCCCGAGGAGGAGCACCCACAUUCAAAGGCAUACGAGAUGUGGGCGUCCCUGCAGGGUGUCACCCUGGACGUGUCUCUUGGUGCCAAUAUCACAGCGUGGGAGGAAGAUGUCUGGGUGUGCGUGGGCACCCGUACCUCCUGGAAUGCCUCCUUCACGGGGUUCGUUACGGGUGUCACGCUGAGAAUAGGGGAGAGGGAGCUGACUCCCGACAACUGCUCCCUUCUGUUGGACGCCAACCAACUGACGAUGCCACUCAGUGAGUCCUGGAAGACCAGAGGCCCUGUCUUCGCCUUAGAGGAGGACCUGCUACAACCUUGUGACACACCCAUGUUCACGCUGGUGCUGCGCGAGGCCUGGGGCUACGACAAGGCGCUGCGCUGGUGCCGCAGCUUGGGCGGCCACUUCCCCAUCGAGAAGGAGGUCACAGCAAGCCUGGUGAUCUCGAACUGUACCUCUGAGGAGCAUUUGUCGUGGACGACCGACGCCAGUGAGAUUGCUGGGAGCUACGAAGCCACCUGCCCAGUGCUGUUGGCGGGCGGCGGAGUGGGUCGGCGCCCCUGCCUCAGCGAGCUGGAGUGCAGUCUGUGCCUGGUGCCAUUCGGCCUGCGCUACACGCUCUUCGGUCCCCGCACAGACUUCAACCGGCACUACCGCCUUAGUGAAGGGCAAGACGGCUCCUUCUUCUUCCAGGGCACGACCAGCAACAUCACGCUCUCGGCGGCUGGCUGGACCCUGCAGUCCAGUCUGCACCGCGGCAAGCUGCAUCUCAACGGCAGCUGGGGUGUCAUGGGGCGACGCGACUGGCGUUCUGUCUACAACCCCCAAGCAUCGAACAUCCUCACCUUCACGGUGUGCAACGCCAUCCAGUUCGCCUCCAACGACGGCGUGUGUCUGAGGCGCAGCGAGCGCUGUGAUGGAUACGUCCAAGCCCCAGACAAGAGUGACGAGAAGGAGUGUGGCAGCAGGCGCCUCCUGCGCAUGGACGAGAGCUAUGAUUCUAGCGUCAUGCCAUUCAUUAGUGUAGAGGGCGCUAGGUAUAUAUACUACAGACUCAGCGUUAAUGUGGUGAAGAAGAUUGACGCUGAGGAGGACUCUGCCACCCUGGAGCUCGCAAUGACCCUGAAAUGGGAGGACGGCAGGGUCAGGUUUGUCGACAGCAAGAUAUUUUAUAACUACUUCCCCUGUCACCUGAUCUGGACGCCAACCAUCAUGAUGUCUGCAGGGAACAUUAACGGGCCGUCCGUGCAACCUGCAGCUAACAUUACCAUGUGCUACUUCUUUAAAGGCUUCAAGGAUCGUGAAGAAGUUCAGCUGGAUGACCAUCUCAUGGGCAGGUACGUGACCAGGGCCAACAUCUCGCAGAGCCGCAACUUCUUGGCCUCGUACCCUUGCAUGCUGCGUGUGUCCAGAUAUCCCUUCGGCAGGUACAUGUGUAAACUCGCCUUUGUAACAAUGCACCACAAGGUUCACUGGAAGUCGAAGGAUACCAAUGUGAACCCACAUACUAUUAAAUACGACGGAGACCACGAUCUGCUCGACUACAGACUGGAGAAUAUAACCCUACACGUUCACGAUAGAGUGUUGACUCUCACCCUGCACCUCAUUGGCCAGCCCGACUACCAUCUGAUCAGUAACUUCCUACCUAGUGCCCUCAUGUUCUUCAUCUGUUAUUCCUCGUUCUACUUCCCCAUCGCGGAGUUUAGCGGAAGAAUGAAUGUCUCGCUAACAUCUCUUGUGGUUCUUCUCGCCUUCUUCUCCCAAGCGACUAACUCCUAUGUGAAAACACCUUAUUAUAAACUCAUUGACGUGUGGUAUGUACUGCUCCUCUUGCUGUGUUGCCUGGUGGUCAUCGCUAACGGGAUUGUCAAUUCUCUGAGGGUGCAGCGCGUCACGGCUCACUCUAAUCUGGCGAAGAAAGUGUUGAGGGCAAAAAGGCUCAACAACGGAUGCAAGAUUGUUAUGCCUAUCUUGUUCGGACUUUUGGUGUUUGUGUUUGUGCUGUUUGCCACAGACACUAUUUGA